GGAGAACAGGUGGAAGGAGGGAGAGAGGUGAUUUGGGUGGAGUAAAGGGGUUGUAUUUAAGGCGCUGUCGUCCAGAGCCUCCCUAUCAGCCGCUAUCGCCUCCUCUAUCUGCAGCUCAUCGUCAAGGCAGAGCUUCAUCUCCACUCAGAAUGUCUUUGCCCAAGUCAGAGAAUGCCUCCACCCUGGAGAAUGCUAUGCAGCUGAUGAUCCAGACAUUUCACAAAUAUUCUGGAAACGAGGGGGACAAAUAUACGCUGAGCAGGGCUGAACUCAAAGAGUUGCUCACUACGGAGCUCGGCACCUAUCUGGGGAAUGCCCAAGACAAAGAAGCUGUGGAUAAGGUCAUGAAAGACUUGGAUUCAAACAAUGAUGGAGAGGUAGAUUUCACUGAGUUCGUCAUCUUGGUCGGAGCUCUGACCGUAGCCUGUAACGACUUCUUCCUGGAAUACAAUGAUAAGCCAGAGAAGAAGUGAACACCUACUUGGCUUAAAGAAAUCCCCUCUUGCAAGCACAAAACCCCUGCGUUCCAGUGAGGAAAUGGUAAUAGAGAUACUGUCAUGAAACUGAAGUGCAAAAAUACCUAAAAGCAUACUGGCCUGAAUUGUAAUAGUGGCUUGUUUGUUUAUUCACUCUUUAAUGUCUCUUUAUAACUGUGUUAUUACAACGUGAUGAUUAUUUCUCAUUUCAUUACCCACAAUUCAAUUUCUUGAAAUACUUUUUGAUACACCUUCAAACAAAAAGGUUUCUUUCCCUGAAAAGAAUAAACAUUAAUUCAAACCAUA